CUCUCUUCGCAGGCCCUGUCCGUGAAAAAUGCUCGCUCUACAGAUACACUUGCAGCUAAAAGGCUAGGCUAUCGCUGGACUCCAAGGUAUGAUCAGAAAUGGCUUUCCCAAGCCGGUGGAUGGCUGUGGCCAUAAGGAGUCCUAACCCUAUACGGGAGUAAGGUAUGAGCACCAGCUACAUACGUUUCGUGGUCAUUUGGUGUCAAGGUGGAGAGAAAACGGUAUUCACGAAGCUGAUGGUUCAUUUUGCCAACCUUCUUCUGGGUUGUCCCGCGUGGAAGUUUGUCAUCAAAUUUAACCACCACACAUGCUGGCAAACAUUACUGAGCAGAUUACUUCGAUGGCUCGAAGUACAUCUCUGGAUGCAGCAGCUCAAGUGGGAUAUACAGUGCAAAAUGUAACAACAUCCCGAACGCACCGUAUCUAUAUGCCAUCAUGUGAUAUAGCCCAGC